AAAGUAUACUUUAUUGAGCACAAGAACUGUAUUGUGUUUUAUUUUGCCAUCUUUGAGUUGUAAUGAAUUGCUUUUCGUGAAAGUGUGUGUUAAUAUUGACAUAAAUUGAUAUUGAAAUAAAAAUGGAGAUAAGUGACAGUGAGAAUAGCGAUAAUGAGCCAAUGACACCGCCGGAGCUGUCAAAAGAGACUGAAGAGUCUGCGGAAGUUGCGGAAGUUGAUCCUGGACAACAUACCAUCCCCGAGUACUCCAGGGAAAAAUAUUUCAGGGCGUACGACGUCUUCAAGGAAUGGCAGCUGAAGCACGAUCAUGAUAAAGUGACAGAAGCUGUCAUGCUGGAGUACUUCGAGAUUUUAAAUGAAACCAAGAAACCCUCGACCCUCUGGAGUCAGUACUCUAUGCUCAAGAGCACGUUUAACCUCAAAGAGGACCUGGACAUUUCUCAGUUCAAGAAACUACGCGCUUAUUUAAAGAAACAGGGCACCGGGUUCAAAAAUGCUAAGUCUAAAGUACUCUCUGCUGCUAAUAUUCAUGAUUUUUUGAUCAAGGCUUCAGAUUAUGAAUAUUUAGCGGAAAAGGUAAUAAUGAUCUUCGGUGUUGUCGGAGCCUGCAGAAAAUCUGAAAUAGUCGACCUGACAUUAUCAAACAUUCUAGACACAAGAACAAGCCUUGUUGUAACAAUCCAAGCAACUCCUAGACGCCAGAUGAGAAAGUUCACCAUCGACGGCGACCUCUAUAACGUAGUAAAAAAAUACAUGAACCUCAGACCGGAGCACGCGAAGAUAAACCGGCUGCUUCUGAACUACCAAAAGGGUAAAUGUACGCAGCAGCCAAUUGGAAUCAACAAAGUCGGCGGGAUUCCUCGAAGGAUCGCGUCUUUCUUGGAGCUUCCGGAGGCAGACAAGUACACGGGACACUGUUUCCGUCGAACUUCAACAGAAUUGUUGUCCCAGUCUGGAGCAAACGUUGUGCAUGUAAUCGCCGGGUGGAAGGCUAACAAGAGUUCUGGAAAAACUGAUAAUUCUCUGCAGUUUUACAGCCAAAUGGAGGCUAGUAAUAUCUUGAAGACUUGCAUGUCUGACGUUCAGCAACCUCAGAGCCAUCCUUCGACCCAGAUUAUCAUCAAUCAGAUCCCGAUUAACCAACAAGUCGGUGGUCGUCAAUUCCAGGUUAAUCAGGGACAGAUUAUUACUACUCCAAAAAGGCUUUAUACUAGCCUUGGGCAGCUAAUUAAUAAUGCUGGACAGCUGAAUAAUAGUCAAGGGCAGCAGGUUGAUAAUUCUGGACAGGCUGAUGGGAAUUCUAGUCAAGGACAUUUGGAUGACAAUCAACAGAUUGAUAGUGGUCAGCAGUUGACUGGUCAGCUUCACCGAGUUCAGGUUAAUAAACAAAUAAAUGUGGUGCAAAAACCCAAGACUGCUGUUGAUAAUCAACAAUCUGAAGCUCCGUCUCAGACAUUAAAUCUAGACGGAUUUAAAUUUGUCGUCGUGGAGAUUGACAGAAGAAUUGAGGUUGUUCAAAAAGGCUGGUCACCACCUGAAGGCGCUGAAUAUGUAAAACCCCACGCAAUUUUUGAUUCGUAUAAAAGUGCCUCAGACUACGCCGAUACUAUUAACGCGAAAAAAACUCCCAGAGUAGCUCCUUCAGUAGCUCCAAGCCAAAAAGUAAUAUCCAUCGAUGCCGACUCCUCGAAUUGUCCUGAACCAAAUACGCAAGAAAUUAGAAAAGUAGUCAAAUCUGGGCUUCCAAUUAGGCCGAUCAACGUUGUCAAGAACAGAGUCGCUCCAACUUCUACUCCUGGAAGUUCCACCCCCAAGAGGAUUAUCGGGACCCUAGUGAAGAAAAAUGAUAAUCAAAGAAUUCAAUUGACCUCGGCAAAUGGACUUAAGACAAUUGUCAAUAAUAAGCGGUUUAUUGGGACUCUGGUGAAUCAAAACUUUAAUAAAAAUUCUAUCGUGAGCAAUAAACAGAAUUUGAAUUCGCAGAAUGCCAAGUCAGGUAAUGUAUUUAUUGUCGUUGAAAAAGUUGAUAACAGUUCGAAUGUUAUUACUGGUGAUGUUUCUGGUAAUGCAAAUCCGCCGAUGCAAGUUGAUACCAAGGAUCCAACUUUGACGUCGACUAUGUCAGAUUCAUAUUCACUGGAAGAACCACCGAUAGAUGAAAAUCCAGGUAUAAAAGAAGAGUUUGUAAAUGAAGAAAUGUUAGAAGAAGAUGAACUAAUGGCAGUUGAUCCUCUUGCGUUUUAAAAAUUUAAAUUUAAAAAAAAAUUUAUCAUGCUUCUAAUUAUAAAAUGUUCAAAAAUGAAGAAACUUAUUAGUUAUAAGCGAAUUUUAAUAUUUUUUAUACCAGUUAACGUUUAAGUAAAUAAUUAUUAUUCAAUUGAGA